AUGGACCUCGGCCAAUCCAGUGACGGACUCAUACCCAACCAGUACUCCUUUGCAGACUCUGCUGCAGCAGAGGAAGAACCUUUAUCUGUGUCUGGGAAGGAGGCCGACGCAGGUAAAAGCCAGACAGCCCAUGAUGAAGGGCGCAAAGGUGUAAAUGCUGGGAAAGAGGAACACAGCACUCCGAGAAAGGCAGAAUCUAAUAAGGAAGGUAAAGAUAGCCUGAAAAUGGGUGACGCAGGAGCCAGCAAGUCUUUUGACGGCAGCCUUGCUGUAGGCCAUAUUCGUUCCCAUAUUGGCGGCUCUGCGGAGAGUACCAUGGAGGAUUUGUUUGGAGAUAUCAUAGAUAUGGAUCACCCCGUAUUCGACCUCAAGGUGGAGGUAGACCCUGCAGUGAAAAAGCUAAACGAUUUGAUAUUUCACGGAAGCCAGGGUCCUGACCACGACGCAAUUGACCUUAUGGAAGCUUCCUUGGACAUAGAUCGACUAGCAAGGGGUUUCGACAUUGGAGAGAAGGCUACUGGGCUUGAGGGAGACGAGAGCAAGCUGUUCGACUCUCUGCCCGAGGAUGAAACUCCCGAGGCACUGCGGGGGAUCGUUAGUCUUGAGGAAGAGGGUAUCGUUGCGGGGCAUCUCCUACGGCUCUGGCAAGGCCACAGGCGGCUGGGUCUCUCCUUAAGAGACGCUUUGGUGAACUUUGAGGCUUCUAUUGAGAGAGAGAGAACACGGAACGCCGCCAUCGCUGCCGUCAUGGGUGUCCACAAGAUCCGUCAGGGUGUCGUUAGCGCGAAGGAGCUCAAAGUAAAGGCCGCCGAAGCAAAGGCAGAACUGAAGAUGCUCAGAAAGCAGCAUAAGUUCCUUGGAAAGCAACGAAAACGGAUGCAUAAGAUGCUAGAGAAGCAAGGAGAAGACCCAAGUAUCAUGGUGAUGCAGAUAGAGAAUAUGUGGGCUCCCGUGGACGAGGUGGCCGCUUUCGAUCCGGGGCAAGGAAGCAGCUUUCUUUACUCGACAAAAAUUGUUGGCAUGGAUGCUGAGCAUCUUAUGAAGACCUGUGGGAAGCUGAAAGUCCUCUUGAACCGCAUUACCGAGGAGGUAACAAGGGCGACACCAGCACAACUGACAAAGGAGCAAAAGGAAGAAGAAGAACUGCUGGCUGUCCUUGAUCCAGACACCGGCCCUGUUGCUGCACUGUCCUCUGAGUCAAUCUCCGCUCUUUCCCAAGUCAACCCCACCGCUCUCCAAGAGGCGGAUUUCGAAUUUCUCCUGGGGAACGUGCAAGACCACCUGCGUGAACCUAAGGCGCACCAUCUCUCAGCAAGGCCUCCAAUGCCCCCCCCAUCACAUAUUUCGCCAAAUCUCUCCAAAGUAGGGGACUUUGGUUCAGACCUUAAGGAAGAGCAAAUUUACCCGAGCGGCCAUCCUGCUGAAGUCUAUCUGCCAUUCCAUUUUGGUCUCCACACACUUCCCAAACCAGCUGACCCCGAGACAAGCCAUCCUUCUGUGAUAGAUGAAGAGGACUUCGGCAUGGGCCUCACAAAUGCGAAUUUCGGCUCCUUUGUCGAAAUCGAGGCAAAAGCAACGCCGAUUGGGGGGCAGUUGGUGCAGAAUGCCCCUCACCUCAGCUCCGUUGUACCUCACGACAACACCACCUCGGCCUCCUUUGUUUCCUUGGGCUCUGCCUCUGAGGAGGCAGAGGAAGCAGGGACGGAGCGGCAAUCAGAGUCAGCGCAAGAGGGAGAACCAGCUGGAGCAUCUUUGCAGGCUAGCGCGUCAGAAAAGGCUUCGGCAGAAACUGAAGAGAAAACUACGCAAGCCAAAGAUUCGCGUGAAGAAGGCAAGGGACAUUCUGAGGGCUCUGAGGGGCAUAGUGGCUCCAGCCACGGCAAAGAGAAUGUGGCAGAGAUAAAGGCAAACUCGGAAACAGCAAGCGGGGGGGGAAGCUCAGAGGAGGAAGGAGGCACACACCACGAAGCCUCUUCGUCAGAGAGUGGAGGGGACGCAAACGCAGGUGCAGCUGCAUCUAAAGUUCAAGGACAGCAGGGAGACUCAGAAGAGCCUCGAAAUGCUACGCCAGUGGUGAUGGUGUCUAAGCUUGAAGAAAACGCAUGUGAGGUCAUUACAGAUCCUGUAGCCUGCAUGCAAAAAUCGGAGUGCUUCCAAGACUUCAUCUACGGAGUUUGCUUUUUCAACUGCACCACUGCUGUCACUCCCGAAGACUGCGAGAAGCACAAGUUCUGCCGCUUUGAGACAAAGGUCCCACACAAUGCAUGCAUCAACGAGGGGUAUCAGACAACGGAUGCAGUGAUACAAAAAUUCGAGGGCAUCAUCCGGGGCUGUGAGCACUUCACGAAGAAGGAAACAUGCGACUGGAUGCAUGCUCAUGGCUUGAAGGAGUUGGAGGAAAGGAAAGCCAACGGAAAGCCAGAAAACGGGAAAAUCCCAUCAACUGCUCACCUGGGGCCUUCCCCUUACCAUUGCCAGUGGAUGCCAGGACCUUCAGAUGAUAGCGAAGCUGACGUUGGUGGUGCCAGCGUUUGCGGGAACCUACGCGAGGCUCCCUCAGCAGAGCGUCUUCUAUGGGGAACCAUUGUGGCAGAGAAGGAGAAGAAGCUUCGGGGUAAGUGAAUUAUGGCAAAUUGAAACGGCACAAUCAGCAUUAAUGCUAGCGGAAGAGCCAAAAUGAAGGAGAAGGAGAAUUUCCAACAAGGAGACAUUUGUGUGCGCCCGAGCGAUACUUGGGCAGUCCUGCAGCCAGAUCGGCCCUUUUACAGUACUGGCUCUAUCGUGAAGUUCUCCUGCCCACCCGGAUCUGUGCUCCUAGGAGUCAGCGACGAGAUAGAGUGCACGCCAGAUGGUAUAUUUGAGCCCGCUCUAUCGUGCGUUGAGGAAAAUGACCUCUCGGAAGCCCAGCUGCGUCAUUUGCGAAGGAAGACAGCGGUGCUUAGUGCUUCGGAGGCAACGCAGCACGGUGAGAUCCUCUAA